UCGGCGAAAACAUCUCACAGUCGUGGCAUACAAGAGAUGCUUCCGCCCGGCCCUGUCUAGCACCCGAACAAUAUUUUCGCUAUGAUUUCGAGGCUGUGAAGAGACCUUGACUUUCGAAACAUCCGCUGAACUCGGCGUCAGUGCCAGCAGACGACCGCCAUGGGUUUGUGCAAGUGCCCCAAGAAGAAAGUGACGAACCAGUUUUGCUACGAGCACCGAGUGAACGUCUGUGAACAUUGCAUGGUGUCACAGCAUCCUACGUGCAUUGUGCAGAGCUACCUCCAGUGGCUUCAGGACAGCGACUAUGACCCCAUUUGCCAGCUGUGCCGACAGGGACUCUCCACCGACGCGUGCACAAGGCUCAUGUGCUACCACGUCUUCCACUGGAACUGCCUGGACCGCCACUGCCAACAGAUGCCGCGCCACACCGCACCGGCCGGUUUCGGCUGUCCCACGUGCGGGGCGGCUGUGGUGCCCGCCACCAACGUGGCCUCGCCGGUCGCAGACGCGCUCAAGCUGCUGCUCAGGUCGACCGACUGGGCCAACGCCGGCCCUACGUCGGCACCCCCGCAGGAGACGACACCAAAGAAGGAGCAGAGGGCGGCGGCCGGACCCCAGGGCGACCCCCCCUCGGCGAACGGCAGCCCUGCCCCUCCCCUGACCCCCUCGGUCCCCUCGCAGUGGGGGCCCAAGAGCCCCAGCCCCGCGCUCCCCACCGCACUCCACGGGAGCACCUCGUCCGAGAACAACGUUGGGGCCUACGGCUCCACCGUCAACAGUAAUGUGACGUCAGCACGCAAAGUGUUCACAGCCACGCAGAGCAGCUUCGUGACGUCUGCCCCCGACUACGACGAAGACAAGUACAAGCGGCGUUCGGGGUUCGAGCUCUUGUCUCGCUGGAUCAAGUCGCGGACGGUGCUGGGCGGCAGCAGGAGGCGCGACCCGCACGCCUUCCUCAAGCGCUGGGUCAUCCUGUCGCUGCUGCUCGUCCUGGCGCUCUUUACCGUCGUCUACUUCCUCAUGCACUGGGGAAGGGCGUCCGCGGACUCGGACCCACUGCUCGACCCCCGCUUCAACCCGGAGAUUCACGUGCGCGAUGAGCCACACCCGGACCAAAGUCUCGAUGGCGGCAGGCAUCCGGCCGGCAUCGAGCCCCGCUAGACGAUGCUCCCUCAUCCCUGGGUCCUGAUUUCGUUCAAGCCGCGCAGCACUUUGUCUUUGAUAUCAUAAUAAUAAAGCGGUACGUCUGGUUAAACCUU